AUGCGCAGAUGCUUUGAGCAUGCCCAGCUGAAAAGAUACUGGCAGCGCUACCGGCUUGCACUACGAUUUUCUUCUCCGCCUGGCCGAUUCCACAGGACUCUCUCACCCUCGAGUCCGCCUGACCGACAUGACUUCGCAUAUUUCUAUCGACGAUGCUUGUCCUCUCGCCCAAGCGCCGUCCAGAAUGUCUCCACGACUUUGUACCUGGACAACUCAUCGCCAAAGCCGGCCGAUGAGAUCGAACACCAGGCGCGUCCCCAAGAUAACUUAGACUCAAAUCGUGCUCAGAGCGAACAUGCAGAACAUUGUGUGGCCUUGUUGGAACAGUUUCUACCUGCGGAGCUCUGCCGAAUCGACCCAUCUGAAUGUGCGAAUACAUUGAAUGGCAACUCGGAUUUCAAGAAGCUACUAGAUGUGCUCAUAGAGGCUAGGACAACCCAUGGUGUCGACUCUCUCAGCCAUCUUGUGCUAAACGAGCGCCGGUACAAGGCGGUGUUGCAUCUGGUAGACGUGCUGCUGAAGCCGUUCGGGGGUGUUUCCCCUGUACCUGCCGAAGAGCAGCUACCGUCCAACAUCAUCUGGCCAGCCGCUUCUCUCUUUAAAAUCUCGAGGCAGCCUAUCGAGCUCGACCAUGACUCGCAUGUUGGAAAAGGAGCGUUCAGGGCGCUGUCACGGACAUAUCGGAGUAGCUUCGAUGAGAUUGAGCGUGAAAGAAUAUUGCAACAUCUCUGGCCUUUCCUUGCUAAGCUUGUAUUAGCGUCCACCAGGCGCCCUCCCGAGGAAGCUAAGGCGAUUAUGAAUACCGUGUAUCAGAUCCUUGCCCGCGUGCAUAAUCUGGACCUGAUACCGCCGAGUGUCUACACCCAUGCACUGCCAGCAGGAACUACAACUGUCCGGAGACCACCUAUUCUCAAUCUCUUGAGUGCGAGGAUUCUGUCAACUCUGUCAGACGCGGUCUGGCGGUCACAGCAGGAUGAGGCUAUCGCCCGGGCUUUGCAGGAGGGCAGAUCUUUUCGGGACGUCUCCCACCAUCCUCCUGGAGGCCGCUUUCGCCUCAAGGUCAGAGAGCUUGGCCCAGAGGUAUGGUUGGAGUUUCUCCUUUGGUGUUGUGUCGAAGGCGGAUUCAUCUCGGCUGGCACUCGCAUCGUCAAUGCCUUGCAACAAGAGACAGAGGACAAGUGGUCUCCUGUCCACUGGACCGGUAGUCAGGGCAUAGACCAGGAAAGUCCAAAGGUCGACUGGGACAGGGCCAAGCGCCAGCAUGGAGGUCCCGUUGGUCAGAGGGAAGCCUACAGUGGUGACAAGCCCCUUGUCGAUGUGCCACCUAGGACUGUAAGUGCUGAGGUUGUGCUUGCGCUGGUCGAGUCCUUGAUCAACAGUCUUGAUGCAGGAUCUGCUCAGCCUGGGGUGUCUGUUGAUACUGUUAUGAGUGAAAUCGGGCAAUUAUUGUCAUUUCUUGGGCGGCACGAAUUAACACCUGCGUACUUGGAUUACCUGACUGUCCGGUUCCUCCAAACCGAGGCAGUCCGCAACCGAGGCCAACUUGAUACACUUCGAGACUGGGCGUCGAUGGUAUCGCUUGUGAAAACACCAGACUUGGGCAAAGUGCGGCCAUCAUCCGCAGCUGCCUUUGAUUUUGAUGCAGUUAUCGAGCAUUCGGAAUUGCAAGCGGCAGUUCUCCACCAGGCGCUGCAGGUCUACAUCGAUUCUAAUCUUGUUAGCAAAGCAGUCGACACAUUCACCGAUAUUCAAAAGCUGGUGGACCACAGCAAAUUGAAAACCAUUGGCGAAUUUCUUGCUAUGGGUCCUCCCCGGUCUGGAUUUUUCUCAUCCAGAUUGAGAGGCCAAAUCGAUUAUACCAAUACGCACGGCCAGCUUCCCAUGUACAAGCUGGCACCCUUCUUGAAGCUGGUGGCUGAUGCCAAGCUGUUCGGCCUGGGGGAUUGGAUGCUUUUCUCCGAGGAUGUUGACGGACCUCUGAUACCGCCAUCUGCAUAUCGCCAACCUUCGAUAGCCAUUGCCCUUUGUCGUUAUGCUGCGGCCCGGGACGAUCGUUCCCUUGUUCAGUCAAUUCUCCUUGCCCGGAAGGGCUCAAGCAGAAGGCCACCUGUGAAUCUGUUAAGAGCUCUGGUCAACACCCUGAUUGUUUGGCGGGACUGGGACACUGCUUUGUUUCUGCUUCGAGAAUUGAAGGGAGCGGAAGGCGGUGGCUACAGCCCGAGCAUGGUUGCCCAUCUUGCAGCCACGAUCCUACGGCUAGAAGCCGAACCAGCCGAUCAUACACCUGACGGCCAUCCCAGCCAGGCCACCACACUCCUGAAAGACAUACUUGAAGGGCGUUAUGAUUCUUCUGGCGCCUUCAGGAUCGAUCAAAAGGCAGCAUUCAGACGACAAACCGGACUAUUGUUGCGAUUCAUAGAGAGUAUGUCAGGAAGCUUAAUACAAGCUGUGCCCGCCGCAGUCAGACGCCGCUUCCCUUUCAGCAAUGAACCUCUACUGGCCGCCGACACCUUCAAUAUCUUGCUCUCUGCAGUAGUUGACACGAGAGGAGCUUUGGCGGGCAAGCUCUUAUGGGAAACAUUUUGUGCUAUACCAGCCGUUGGCACGGUCUUGGACGGACAAAUGGCCGUCGGGUCUGUAGCUGGUGGAUUACCUGAAGCUUCAGGCAGUCUUCCAAAAGGACAGAGGCCCUCGGUGGUCGCAGCAACGCACGACGGCUAUAUUCCUUUCGAACAACCGGACACGGUCGCCGAAAGGCCCUCGCCAUCACCUAUCGUGGUCCCCAACGUGCGCACUAUUCAGAUUAUUGUGAGGGCUGCCCUUGCAGAAAGAUUUGCAAGUCCAAAACCAUCGCGGGAGACCCGCCAGGAACUGGACCAACUUCUGCAGUGGGCCCGGCCGCUUUUCAAAGCGUUCAAGCUGUCGGACGAAGACGUAGAGAUUGAAUUGUCCAUGUCAGGCUCACUGCCAGAAGGAUACUCUCGAGGUGCGUCAAAUCUGAAGUGGCAAGGCCCAAAACAGACGUUGCAGGAGAAGGAUACAUUCACGGUGGGCAGCCAGUUCAACAAUGCAGCGUUCGUACCGAGACCGCCUCGUCGCCACCGACGAAAGGAGUUCACGGUCAAGCGGUGA